AAAUGAAUAAUUUAUAACAAUAUUAGGCCUCAUAUUUUAUUGGAUGGCUUUUGUUGGAUGACAUAAGUCUGCGUUUGGGUCUCUUCACUCUGGGCUGCUCUCCGGGCGGGAAUUCAAGCAAUUUUUGGACACUUUUAUUCAAUGGAGACGUGAAUCUCAGCAUAACUAUGACACUUAUCAGCACUAUUGCCUCAUUGGGUUACAUAACAAUGAUGCCAUUAUGGUUGUUCACUUUGGGCGGAAAUCUAUUCAGCGCAGGCAAUAUCCGGAUCCCGUACCUAAACCUAUUGACAUCGUUGGUUACGCUGACAUUACCCAUGUUUAUCGGAAUAGUGAUCCGACACUAUAAACCCAAUUGGGCUAAA